UGUUACGUUCACGGAUUGGUUUUGCUAUACUUGUACCACAACCAAUCAAUGAUGUCCAAUGCGUCGCCGGUAGUAUGGAGGAAGUCGUAUGCUUCGACUGAUGGUCACCAUGUGGGGUCUCCCCCUGUACCCAUGUCCCCUUCAUUAUCUGCCAAUGCAGCUCCCAUAGGAAUACAAAAAAGAAGACAAUCUUCAUUCAAUAGCUUGUACUCUCCAUACACAAGGAGAAGAUCUUUUUUGUCGAAGACCAUGAUUGAGAACGAGUCUGUGCAGUGUUACAAGCUCUCCAGCUACUCUUCAAUUAGCAGUAGCCUCAAUGAGAAUAUUCCAAGUUAUUCAAUCAGCUUAUCAGAGUCGCAAGGAUUCCUUUGGAAUCAAGACUUAUUUGCCAGUAGCUAUCAGCAGUCGGAAGCAGGGGUUCACAAUAUGAUGAGCAUGUCGGAUGGCUCUUAUUAUCUAGGUGGGAGCGGGAGGUCUCGGAAUAAUGAAAUCUCUCAGGACCAUAAUUCCGACAGUCCAUUAGUGGAUGUGAUAGAUGUGGUUAUUGGUAAUGAUGAUUAUAACAGCGACGUGGAGUUAGUGACCGAAGUGGUCAAGGUAGGAAACUACGGAGAAGAUGACGAGGACGAUGAAGAGGACGAUGAAGAUGAUGAAGAUGAGCAUGAUGUGGGCGAUAGGGACGGCAACACCGCAAACAAAGUUCUUGGUGACACGCUGAGCGCUAACGGGAACAGGGAUACAGGUUCAAAAAAUAUUCAGCACGAUGAAUGCAAAUACACUAACGGCAGCAGAGACAGUUCGAACGAGGACGAGGACGAGGACGAAGAAGACGAAGAUAUUUUUGUCUCGGAUUUAUGAGGCAACUACCGGAGCUGGAUUUUAUUAUAAAGAUUAUUUUUCAUUGUUUUUUGCUUUUUUUAUACUACAUCUACAUUUAUUUAUUCGUUUAGGAGAACGUUAUCCUGAGCAUGGUAC